GGGAUUUUACUGGUUUUUAGUAGUCAGUACUCACCUUGUGGGCUUUUUCAGCCCAAAAUACUCACUGUGUCAACGUGUCAAGUUUUGAUUUGCUGAAUUAUAUUGGCGGGAGUUAAUUUUUGCAAUUACCAAAUAUGGGUUUUGCCUUCAAAGUCCAUACCUUUGCAGUUGAAACACUUCAUGUCCCCUCUUCAAAGUUCAAACCUUUAGCUAUGAACUUGGCUAGAAUGACCAUAAACUUGUCAAUUUUAGAAACCCAGUUGCCAAAAUGCAAGAAUCUCAAGCAGUUCAAUCAAAUACUAUCUCAGAUGAUCCUCACUGGUUUCAUUAGGGACACAUAUGCUGCAAGUAGAGUUCUCAAGUUCUCCACUGACUCUUCUUUCAGUGACAUUGAUUUGUCGUUAAGAAUUUUCAACCACAUUGAGAACUCAAAUGGGUUCAUUUGGAACACUAUGAUGAAAGCUUAUGUACAAAGAAACUGUCCCCAAAAGACUUUGAGUCUUUACAAAUUGAUGUUGGGUAAGAAUGGGGAUAGAGAUAAUUAUACAUACCCAAUCCUAGUUCAAGCUUGUGCUAUGAGAGCAUCAGAGUUUGAAGGGAAACAGAUGCAUAGUCAUAUAUUGAAGUUUGGGUUUGGUUCAGAUGUGUAUGUGCAGAACACAUUGAUCAACAUGUACUCUGUUUGUGACAAUAUGAGGGAUGCACGCAAUGUGUUUGAUGAAAUGCCUGUGUUGGAUUCGGUGGCGUGGAAUUCGAUAUUGGCAGGGUAUGUUAGGGUGGGGGAUGUGGAGCAGGCAAAGUGUAUAUUUGAGCAGAUGCCAGUGAGGAACACGAUUGCUUCGAAUUCUAUGAUUGUGUUGUUUGGUAAAAGAGGUUGUGUAAGUGAGGCUCGGCGGUUGUUUGAUGAACUGCCUCAGAAGGAUAUGGUUUCGUGGAGUGCGCUGAUUUCUUGUUUCGAGCAAAAUGAGAUGUAUGAGGAGGCUUUGGAUAUGUUUGUGAAAAUGGUUGCUAAUGGAGUUAUGGUGGAUGAGGUUGUGGUGGUUAGUGUGCUUUCGGCAUGUGCACAUUUGUCAGCUGUCCACACAGGGAAGUUGAUCCAUGGCUUAGUUGUGAAGAUUGGAAUUGAAAGUUAUGUUAAUCUUCAAAAUGCGUUUAUUCACAUGUAUUCGAGUUGUGGGGAGAUAAUGAUUGCGGAGAAACUGUUCAAUGCAGCCUACAACCUGGAUCAGAUAUCUUGGAACUCAAUGAUAUCGGGGUACUUGAGAUGUGGUUUAGUUGAAGCUGCUAAGACAUUAUUUGAUUCCAUGCCUGAGAAGGAUGUAGUGUCUUGGAGUGCAAUGAUAUCAGGCUAUGCUCAGCAUGACCGGUUUUCAGAAACUUUGGCAUUGUUCCAGGAGAUGCAGCUGUGUGGAAUUAGGCCCGAUGAGACCACUUUGGUGAGUGUCAUCUCGGCUUGCACUCAUUUGGCUGCCCUUGACCUGGGCCAAUGGAUUCAUGCUUAUAUAAGGAAAAAUAGCCUUAAAGUUAAUGUCUUUCUUGGGACAACCCUUAUUAACAUGUACUUGAAAUGUGGGUGUGUGGAAAAUGCAUUGGAGGUUUUCGAGGAGACAGCAGAAAAGGGAGUUUCUACUUGGAAUGCUCUUAUUCUUGGGUUGGCAAUGAAUGGGUUGGUGGAGAAGUCGCUUGAAAUGUUUGCAAAGAUGAAGACAAGGGGUGUGACACCUAAUGAAAUAACCUUUAUGGGAGUUAUUGGAGCUUGUCGUCACAUGGGCUUGGUAGAUGAGGGGCGUCGCCACUUCGAUUCCAUGAUGCAGGAACACAAGAUAGAACCCAAUGUUAAGCAUUACGGAUGCAUGGUUGAUCUUCUUGGACGUGCUGGUAUGCUCAAGGAGGCAGAGGACCUCAUUGAAAGUAUGCCUAUGACACCAGAUGUUGCUACUUGGGGUGCCUUACUGGGGGCUUGUAAGAAACAUGGGGACAAUGACAGGGGUGAGAGGAUAGGAAGAAAGCUCAUUGAGCUCGAUCCUAACCAUGAUGGGUUCCAUGUGUUGUUGUCCAAUAUAUGUGCUUCGAAAGGUGAUUGGAAUGGUGUUCAUGAGAUUAGGGGAAUAAUGAUGCAACAUGGGGUGGUAAAGACCCCAGGUUGUAGCAUGAUCGAAGCAGAUGGUGUAGUUCAUGAAUUUCUAGCAGGAGAUAAGAAACACCCUCGAAUGAAAGAGAUUGAGGUUAUGCUAGAUGAAAUGGCUCAGAAAUUGAAGAGGGAAGGUUAUGCACCAGAUACAAAUGAAGUAUCCUUUGACAUUGAUGAAGAGGAAAAGGAAACUGUUCUUUUCAGACACAGUGAGAAACUGGCAAUUGCCUUUGGGCUCAUCGCUAUCAGUCCACCAUCACCAAUACGAAUAAUAAAGAAUUUGCGAAUAUGUAAUGAUUGUCACAUGGCAGCAAAGUUCGUCUCGAAAGCUUUUGGUCGUGACAUUGUGGUGAGGGAUAAGCACCGCUUUCACCACUUUAAGCAGGGAUCUUGUUCCUGCAAUGACUAUUGGUAGUAGAUUAGUACUGAAGUUGGUUCGAACAUUAUUCACCUAGUGGAUGUUCUUGGUUAUAGAAAGGCACACCAACAGACCAAUAUGAUGCUUUGAAGCUAAUUGUUGCGACAACAACAAAUAACACAUGGUUGAAUAUCGAUGCAUAUACUACCUCCAAGAGGUAAAAGGAGGCAUUGGCCUUUGUUGGGUUGGAAAAGGAUGAACUAGGAGUUCAGAAGCACCAAAUACCAAUGGGGAAAAUCUCGUGGAAUGAUUCCGGUGGUACAUAAAGUCACGGCUGAUUUUUCUCACAGUGGCAAGACAAGUUGAAAAUGCAGCCAGCCAGCCACAGAUGUUUCUAUUUCUUCCAUGGUCACUGGUGCUGAAGAUAUAUGGAACCGAUAUAUAACAGUCCAUCAGCAACUCAUCCAUCUGAUGGUCAAGUAUCACCAUGUGCUAGAGAUUGCAAUCAAAAUAACUGCAAUGGUCUGAAUCUUGUGAGCCUGCGGUUAAGUAAUCUCUUGCUCUUGUAAGCUGAGACGCAGUUUUCUUAGAACUUGACAUGGGCUCACAAUGGAGGAAAUCUAAUCAGGCACAUGAGAUGACAAUAUGACGGUUACAUAACCGUGUUUCUGGGUUGAGAGUUGAGACCAAAACUCAUCGGCAGUAGUAUUUUUAAUUUUUCAGAACUUUGGUUUAUAUUGCACGGUUGCACCUAAUGAAGUGUAUUUUACCGUUAUUCUAUGCAUUUGAUUUGUUUAUGUUGGCAGCCAAUGUAUUAAUUAAUAAUGGAAAUUGCAUUUGUUA